CCCGGCCGCCAACCUCAGCCUCAACCUGUCGCAGCGCCUCAACCACUCGCACCUCUCCACGCUCAGCACCUCCAAGCACUCCCUCGGCAAUGCCAGCAGCGUCAGCCCCGGAGGCGGUGGCGGCAUCGUGGUGGCCAAUGGCGGGCCGGGCAGUACAGCGGCGCUGCCAAAGAUGGCAAAUGGUGGCCUCCACAUCUCACGGUCCUCGGCCCACCACACACAGGGAGCACAUACUAUCUCGGGCCGGCACCACACCUCCGGACAUGCCUCACCCACUGGAGGCAGCCGGUUCUCGUGGCGCAGCUACUACCACGGGCAGCUGGGCCCGCCGCGAGAGGCGCUGGGGUCGCUGGGCCUGCUGUGCCUGGCCAGCCUGCUGCUGGCGCUGCUGUCGCUCAUUUUCCUGCUGCGGUUGGCGCCCCUGCCCGCGGGGGAGCCCCCCUCAGACGAAUACGUGCUGGUGCACGACGCCACGCUGGCGCUGUGUGCGCUCGCGCUCUCGCUGAACCUGUGCUGCCUGCUCGUCUGUGCCGUGCAGGUGCUCUUCGCCGUCCGCCUCGUGCGAUCGCCACACGGCGCCGAGAGAACUAACAAGUACCUGCAAAAAUCAUCAAUAACAAGAAUGUGCGCAGUAAGCGGAUUCUUCAUUUCCAUUCCUGUUUUCCUCACAGGAAUCAUCUUGUACACAUUCAUCCAAUUCCAUUCAACUCCAGCCAUAAUAACCAGCGUAUUUAUUGGUGUUGGUAUUGUGUUCUGUGGUUGUGCCAUGGUUCACAAUGUUUUCGUGUGGCAAAGGGAGAAGACAAAUGCAGUUCGUGCCUUGGCGCAACAGCAACAGCACCAACACCAACCAUCGCUUCGCCAGCCGACGUCCCCCACACCGUCAGUGGAUCUUUCCAAGGUUGCCUCUGGCCUGCCUCGUGAAGCAAGUGGUAGUGUGAGUCCGGGUGUUCCUGUGGCUACUCUAGACCUCAGCACAGCUGUGUCACCGCACGAAUUAUCGACACUUGUGUGAAAUGUCAGUUUCAUAAAUUUACUUGUGUAACUGGUGUUUGGUGAUUUUUUUUUUUUGGCCUGCUCACAAACAUGUUUUACAAAUAGAUAUCACAGGAUGAAAUGUGUCAGUGCCAGUGUUAUUUACAAGGUGAAAAUUAAAUCCAAGGAAAAUGAAUCAACGAACUGAUUUGCUUGCACUUGGGGUUCCUGUGCAAUGUAAGCUGCCCCCGCUCGUGUGGUCGUGCAGUGAGAGGCAGGCUGCUGAGAGACUAAACGUGGGUAGUCUCUGAUAUUUGAGGGCAAUUCUGAAGUCCACUAGAUGGUACCUAGUGAUGUCUGAUGUACCUGGGGCUUGUGUCGUACAAGUUCAGAGUCCACCUUUGUGUUUGCUUUUGGCAUUUUGAACACACAUAUACCCUUCGUGGUCCUUCAAAAGUAUGAAACAACACUUUGACCUUACACAUGCACUAUUCCGAACAUUUUGUUGCAUUUAUGAUACAUAUUAACUAAAUAUAAAAAGACAUAAUAUAUUCUGUGUGAGAGUUAUAGCAUUCCAUUCAUAUUGCAAACCAGACAAAGGAAUUUUUUUUUUUCUGGAAAAUUAACUCACUGUCAGUAUUGUGCUCAACAUUUAUACCUCACAUAGGCAGAAAUUCAUCACAAAGAUAAAAACGGAUGUAUAAUUUAUCAUCUUGAAGCAGGUUGUAGUAAAUCUCCAAAAAAUGUCAUUCUAUUCCUACAUCCAUAAGAUGUCCGCAGCUCGUGGUCUUGCGGUAGCGUACUCGCUUCCCGCGCACGGGGUCCCGGGUUCGAUUCCCGGCGGGGUCAGGGUUUUUCUCUGCCUUGUGAUGACUGGGUGUUGUGUGUUCAUCAUCAUUUCAUCAUCAUUGACUCGCAAGUCGCCGAAGUGGCGUCAACUAAAAAGGACUUGCAAUACGGCGGCCGAACUUCCCCGCAAGGGGCCUCCCGGCCAACAAUGCCAUACGAUCAUUUCAUUUCAUUUCAUCCAUAAGAUGAAUACAAUCUUCUUUAAAUGAUGCUCCACAGCUUUUAUAAAAGACACUUGGAUUAUACCAACACAAAUCUUUCAGGACCGUUAUUAUACUGCAUCUAGUUUGAACAGAUGAUGAUGUAAACUAUUUGGACAGAUGACGAUGUAAACUGUUGAAACUUGUUGCAGUACAACAAUGAUUUUAGCAGCUUUGUGACAGUAUACAUAACACUGCCAUAAAAUCCAGGUACCUAUCACAAUAUUAAUUACUCACCCAGUAAAAACUAUUAAGUAUUAGCAAAAUCAAAGUUAAAAUAAUUACAAAUAAUUUGUGCUCUUCUCUGUUCUGUUACUUUUGUGUUUAUUCAGUUAUGUUGUUGUUCCAGACAGUCUGUAUAACAGUUAUUGUGAAACACUUGUUGAAUGAGAUCACGUGGCAGAUUAAAAAGAUCUGAGAACUGAAUGUGAUGUGGAAACUGUAAGAAGUAUUUUAAAGAAACAAUGAAAUGAAUGAAUUAAUUAAUUUUAUAUGAAAUGAUUGUUGGGUCCUUUAAUGUUGUGGAAUAUUUAGAACUGAUAAAGUUCUAUGCCACAACCAGUUACAUAUCAGAUGCUCUGAAGGAUAACUUGAUAGCUUUGUUUUUUCAAAAUGAAAAAGUUGCACAUCUUUAUAUGGCAAUAAAUAAAUCUCUAUUUAUUUGAAAUGUGCCACUUAAAGCAAGUGAAAUAUAACAAAGUGAUAUAAGUUGUAUGUUCUCAUUUGCAUGGAGAGCAACAACAAGAGAUGCUAGUCAUUUUUCCAUAAUAGUUGUGUAUUAUGAGGGAGCAGAGUAGCUAUAAGUAUAUGACACAUCACUUACAAAAUAAGCCCCCAAGAAAAAAGAUAGUUGUUAUGAAUAUUAGAUCACAGGACUCUAUUGAACGUAAAUAUUAGGAAUAUGAGGUACCAUGGGGACAUUUUCCAGUAUACCUUUUUCUCUUUCCAAAGAAAGCGAUACAAAAUGGUAUGUAAUCUUAUUGUACAAAGUAAAUAUGAACAUAAUAGUGAAGACUCUAUUACAGACAAGAGCUCUUAAAAAUACUUGUGUAAUAUAACCUAUUUGUAUAAAUAUCCUUUAGUAAAUGUAAGUAAAUGUAAAAAUAACUGAAAGAGGAACAAAAUAUGGGGUAGCAUACAUCGUAUUGUAUCUAUUUCUUGUGUAAUGCUAAAGGUAACUAGAUUACUCAUGUUAUUUUACUGCAGCAGUUCCAGUCAUCAGACACCUAUCUUCUUCCCAAAGAACCUAGGAAAGAUUGGUCUCCAGUGAGAUACAUUAUUUAUAUUGAAGCUGAAUGCCUAAUGAGUCAAAUUUUUUUCUGGUACUAAAUUGCAUUAAGAAGUAGAAAAAGCCAGUUUUUGCUUUACAUUCACAUCAGUUUGGACCAUGAUGAAUUAACAUGUGUCCAUCUCUCUUGGUUUUGUUGUACAAAAGAAGUCAUUCAAGCACCAUCAUCUCCAGACAUUUUAGGGAGGGAGAUGGGAGGCAGGCAGCCUCCGAAACUUCCAUUCUGUGAUAAACAAGCUGAUCAGUUAAAGACGACAUACCACAAGAAGUAAAUUUUAUAGAUGACAUAAAGAACUUCAUAUCCUAUGGAGCUAAUGGUUAUACACUCAAUAUAUGUUACAGAUGGAUUUCGUAAUGAAUAAAAACUCUGUACUUCAUAUUCUCGUUCUGGGGGGGAAGGGCCAGGCAAGCACUCCCUCUUCAACCCCCCCCCCAAAAAAAAAAAAAAUCCCUUGAAUCCCUUGUAGAUGACUAUGCAACAUGGUCUGUCAUUUAUGUUUUGUAUUCAGAGCUGCAGCAGUACACAACUCAAAAUUGGCCACGUUUGCAAACCUGAUAGAUAGAGUUGCCACUGCCUAUCAGUGCCCUUUCACUUGUCAGCAAUUUUGCCACAUAUAAAAUUCAGUUAAUUUUACUUCAGAACAGAACUAAAUAAUGAAAAAUGAUCGUUUAUUGUGGAAAAUGAUCGUUUAUUGGCUUUCAGUAUGUUUAUGUACUCUUAUUUAGUCUGACUACUGGUCUUCUUAAACACAAUGAAAUUACUUCUUCUUUCCAAAUGCUUUUGUUUUGAGUUUUAUCAUCUUUCACUAAAACAGAGUUCUUGUACAUAGCUGCAAGCAAAGAGUGAAUUAAUCUAUGUUGCUUUUACUGUUGUAAAAUAUCUUUGACACAUUUUAAUAUAGAAAAGUGAUAUCAUAACAGUUCCAAGACUCUCUAUACAAGUACAAAUUUCAAUUAAUCUGUAACAGAUUAUAUUUGUGUAGCAUAUAAUUCCACCAUAGAAGACAUACAGUUACCUAUUGACACUGCCAUAUGGCAUUUUGGGAUGAGUUGUAAGUCCUGCAGUAAUGCACUAGUUAUGUUUCCACAGCUGAUCCCUAGCUGCCCACAGACUGCAUCCUCAUUCAUUCUGAAACUACAUGGACAAAGUAAGAGCAAAGAAAUUCAUCUUUAAUAACAUGGUAUCCAUAAAAAAAUGAAUGAACUACAGUCCAUAACUACAUUCACUAUUGCUUGCUCUGCUUUCACAUUAUUACAUUAUCAAUACUUCCAAUGUAAUAAAGUACAUUAUAUAGUAGAUAAAAUUCUGUAUCAGAAACAUUCCUCUCUUUUCAUUUCUUCAAAUGCACAUGGAUAAAUCAUACAUCUGUCUGUAUUUUCAAUCUGCAAAUUAUUUAUAGAAAACUGUUACCAAUCUUGUGUUACUUAUAUCCUACAUAAUUCAUAUCUACAUUGUGUUUCAUAUGUCACAGUUUGAAAGAUUUUGGAGUCAUGGCUUCACUAUAAUACAGUAUUUCCACUAUAUUCUGGUGACAGUUACAGAGGAUCCUAUUAUUGUUUUUCUGCAACCUGUUUGAGAAUGCUAUAAUGAUUUCAUUAAGAAAGUGAGAAACAGUAGAGAUUUUUGUCUGGUAGUAAGUUUGCCAAGAUUCCUGUGAGAAAAUUGAGAAAUUAUGUUUAUGCUAUACUGUCUAGGGAAUUUAUUUAAAAUGUCUGGUUAUUUAAAAACAAUUCCUUUCUUAAAAUUUUUUACAGUAUAUUAUAUUGCCCGGAACACAGUUAACAACUCAGAGUUCAGUUUACAUGAAACAGAUUUUAGUCAUGUUUUGUUUAUAUCUUCACAGUUAAUGACCAUCAGUUCAGUUUGCAUAAAAUUAAUUUUUGUCGUAUACUGAGCAGAAAAUACUUUGAUGACAUCUUCUUCUUGACAACUGUCCUCUGUGAUACAAUCUUUUUGUACACCCUAUAUUUUGAUACUGUUAUGUGAAUAAAAUUCUAGUGGAACAAAGUUUUACAACUUGUAUAAUGAAAAAUGUGAAUUUUUGUGUUUUUGUUGUUGACAUAUUAUAAACUGUCAUUUACAAAAGUGUUAUAUCCCAAAUGAAUGUAAACAUCAACAAAUUUCAUUUAUUCUUUGAGUUCUGAUGUAAAUAUAUAGUCAGAUACAAUAAUACAAAUGUAUGAAGAGGAGUCACUGAACAACCUGAUGAUUAUGGACUGUAUUAUGAUUUAUUUAUUAUCAUAGCUUGCAGAUGGAAAUAAAAAAUGUUACACAAUUUUAAACUAC